AGAAUUAACAGAUGCACAGAUUUCAUUCAAGGGAAAAUGGGUACUGAAGCUUCAUUAAGACUUGUUAGUAAACUUAUAAUUCUAUGCCUCAUCUUUACUCUUUGGCAGCUUGGCUCUAAAUUCAAAUAUCAGAGUACAGCUCAACCAAUGCCCGAUGAAGAAGUGAGAGCUCUUAAUGAAAUAGCAUAUAAGUUGAAGUUAAAAGGAGGAGUGUUCGAUGAAGGCUUACUUUGCAAUGGAAGCAGCGAUGUUGCCGGCCACUGUGACUGCAGUUCCCGCACCAUUUGCCACGUCAAAUAUAUUGGCCUAAGUGCUAGAGGUUUGUCUGGAGUUAUACCUGAAGAAUUUGCCAACCUCACAUAUCUGCGAAGCUUGUAUCUCGAUAAUAAUCAAUUCACUGGUCCCAUACCUGCUAGCUUGGGGAAAUUAUCUUUGCUCUUCAGGCUGGAUCUUUCGAAUAAUCAAUUGACCGGGUCCAUUCCAGCGAGUUUGGGAAAUAUGAAAUUUCAAGCGUUGUCCCGGGGAUGGUCGCUUGAUCGCCGCGUGGGUAUUGAAUUCACACUGGAUCUUUCAGGCAAUCAAUUGAGUGGAUCCAUACCAGCCACUUUAGGGAAUUUGACCCUCUCUUCGGGGAUAUCUGAUCCAGAAGCCUACCAACUGAUCGGCAAGCUUAAGCAAUAUGACAGUGUUUAUGUAACCUCAUUGUUCUACGUGAGUCUUUCAAACAAUCAACUGACUGGGCCUAUACCAAAGAGCUUAGGGAAUUUGACUUUCGCCAAUACUAUUGAUCUGCAUGGCAACUUUCUCAACGCCUCUAUACCAGCAUCUUUGGGUGCAGUGACUUUUCUUAAGUCUCUUACGCUCGGAUCCAACAGUAUCACUGGGACAUUACCAAAAAGUUUUGCCAACCUUACAAGUCUGAAAACAUUUUCUGUAUCUGGUAACUAUUUAUCUGGCCCCUUUCCCGACUUCAUUGCCAACUGGACUUCAAUCACUGAACUUUAUCUCAACGGAAACAAUUUCCACGGGAAAAUACCUGCUGGAAUUUUUAAUUUAUCAGAUCUACGAAUUUUGGCAAUAAGUGAUGUGGAAGACUCUCAUUUCCAGUUCCCACCAUCUACACAAGUGACGAGCAGCUUUAGUAUUUUGAUACUGAGAAACUGCUCGAUCACUGGUCAAAUUCCUUAUUACAUUGGAAAUAUGUCAUCACUAUCGAACCUAGACCUGAGCUUCAACAGCUUAACGGGUAGUAUCCCAGAUUCUUUGAAAAACUUAGAUUUAAGUUACUUGUCCUUUUCAAAUAAUAUGCUUACUGGGGAAGUUCCUAAUUGGAUUCAAAAUGCAGUUUGGAGUAAGAUGGAUCUUUCAUACAAUAAUUUUUCAAAACUUACCUUUAAACCGUCAACCAAGUUAGACUUGAAUUUGUUUUCUUGUUGCUGCAACUCCUCAACAUGUCUACCAGAUACGUAUGACCUUAUCUUGUCUGUUAUACUAUUAGAAAAACUUGACAAUCAAGUUAAAUGUGGCGAUUAUACUUACAGGAUGGACCCAACUCGAAUAAAGGAGAAGUAUUGUCCUCCGGAAAAACCUAAUUACCAUUCAUUGUUUAUAAAUUGUGGUGGUGGAGAAACAUUUGACAUCGUUGAUGGAAAUGUUUAUGAUCAAGAUAAUGAUACAUCGCAGUUUUACCUGAGUCCAAAAGGAAACUGGGCUCGGAGUAGUGCUGGAAGCACCGUCGACCAAAACGAUGUUUCCAAUUCUAGUAUGUACUUAAAAAGCGUGAGAUGUGGACUUUCCUCAGAAGCACCUUUAUACGAUAGAGCUCGCACUUCUCCUGUCUCUCUAAAAUAUUACGGAUUCUGUUUACGUGGAGGAAAAUACAGUGUGACACUUCACUUUGCUGAAAUCAUUGAGGAGGAGGAUAAUGAUUACAGAAGUACAAAUAAACGCGUAUUUGAUGUAUACAUUCAGGGUGAGAGGAAACUAAAGGAUUUCAACAUUAUGGACAAGGCAGGAGGUCCGAAUAACGUAUAUCAAGAAAAUUUCACGGCUGUUAAUGUAAAUGAUAGUACAUUAGAGAUCCACUUCUACUCGGCUGGAGAAGGGCUUGAUCAGGGACCUCUCAUAUCUGCUAUAUCCGUAACUCCAGAGUACAAGCUACACAAACAACUAUCACCUCUGCACAUAGCGCUCAUUACUGUGGCUUCAAUCAUAGUUUUUGUGUUGCUUUUAUUGCUUUUUGCCUGGAUGAUGGGAUGGCUGGGUACAGAUCACUUACAAGAAAUAGAUAUAGGUCUAGAAAAGCCCGUCACCCUCAAACAAUUAAAAGAUGCUACUCGGAAUUUUAGCCAGAGGAACGAGAUUGGUCAAGGGGGUUUUGGAACCGUUUACAAGGCUGAAGUGCAAGGGAAAAUUGUAGCUGUGAAAAAACUUUCCUCUCAUUCAGAGGAAAGGAUCAUUCAAUUGAAAAAUGAGUUUUAUAACUUAAAAUCAAUGAGUCAAGAGAACCUUGUUCAGUUGCUGGACGUUUACAACACAAAAGGCCUGCAUUUGCUCAUCUAUGAAUAUAUGCAAAAUAAGUCCCUUGCACACGCCUUAUUUGACCCAAAGUCCAAACUGAAACUUGAUUGGGAAGCUAGGUUUAACAUUUGCUUGGGAAUAGCUAGGGGAUUGGUGUAUCUACAUGAGCAUCCCAGGCUGAAGAUGGUUCACAGGGACAUUAAAUCAGCUAAUAUUCUUCUCGAUGGAAACCUCAAGGCUAAAAUAUCAGACUUUGGAUUGGCAAGCCUUUACACCGAAGAUGAUCAAUUCAGGUUCAUCAAAGUAGAAAUGCCUGAGGGAUAUAUGGCACCUGAGUAUGUUCGAGGAGUUGUGACAUCCAAAGCUGAUGUCUACAGUUUUGGGGUGGUUAUACUUGAAACUGUUAGUGGAAGGAAAAAUGCAGGACACAAGCGAGAUGGCCAGGAAACUGAAUUUCUUUUAGACACGGCUUGUGAUUUACAGCGAAAAGGAAAGCUGGUGGACUUGGUUGAUAAAACCUUGUCUAAUAAGUAUGAUGCAAAACAAGCCAUCAUCAUCUUGAAUUUAGCAGUAAAGUGCAUCAAUAUAUCGCCAACUCUGAGGCCUACCAUGUCUGAAGUUGUGAGUGUUCUCGUUGGCGACAAAAAAAUUGAGGAUAUUUGUUCCUCUGCUUUGAUUGAGGACAUCAACGACCCCCAUGUGAAGGAGAUCGCGGAGUUCGCGGUGUCGGAGUACAACAAGAAAUCCGGGAAGAAGCUGGAGUUACAGAGCGUGGUGAAGGGUGAGACUCAAGUCGUCCCCGGCGAGAAUUACCAACUCGUCAUCGCCGUCACAGAUAACUCAUCGGUGGCCAAGUAUGAGAGCGUUGUGUAUGAGAGGAUUUGGGAACAUACUAGGGAAUUGCUCUCCUUCAAUAGUCACAAUGCUCAAGUUGACUUCUCUGUUUCUAUGGAAGUAACCUCAAGAGUAUCCACAUCAUCCAAUUUGAUCAAAGGGGAAGAUGAAACAGAACACAUUUCUGAGUGUACCCCCUAGAGAUAUCCAAAUGAAACAGAAUAAUCUAGCCAAAUGUCUGUGUCUAUUUUGUUUUCGUUGUUUUUGGACUUGAUGGACUGCGAUAUGUACUUAACAUGUAUAAAAUCGAUUCCUGGCUUUGUCUUGUCAAA